ACACACACACACACACACACACACACACACACACACACACACACACACACACACACACUCUCACACACGUAGAGACACAGGGAGGGGAUUUCUGUGGUUUCCCAUGCUUGCCUGCUUCUCCAAAGAACAAUAUGUGGUUUUAACUCUUCAAAGACCCACUUAAAUGAGGCAUCUUAUGGUUUAUUCAAUUUGACAUUUUAAUCACCUUAAAACAAUGCCAAGUUCCCCUUUCCAUGUUUCUCCUUCUGCUACUACGAUUUUAAAAUGUUUAAACCCAAACCAACACUCUCAGUAUUGCAUCCAAAACUUAAACUCAGUUGUGUAUAAUUUUCACUUUAAUGAUGUUCAUUUAAUUCAAUUUGUAUUUCAUCGGAGCUUGAAUAUAAACAAGUUAUUCUUUAAAUUCUUACGUUCAUGUUUCUGAGAAUGGACCAAUUAUUAUAAUCAAACUAUAAAAUAUGACCCGUCUAACCACGGCUCAUAUUUUAUAGUUUUCAUGUCGGGCUAAAAUUAUUACUCAAGUAUGUGGUUUGGUUGGUGUGGUAAGCGUAGCUGCACAAAUGAACCGGUGUGGUGUUUCACCCAACAUUUCACCUGAAUGCGACAAUCUGAACCCCUCGAUUUGAACAACUCUCAGAAAUCACCCGUCUCCCACAACAAAACGAUCCUCUCGUCAAAAAUAUCUUGUGAACAAUUUUUACUUUAAAAGCAACUUCUCCCAGGUUCCUUCUCGUCCCCCAAGUUCAGCUCUUGUACGUCCCCGCAGUGGGUGCGUGAUCGAGGCCCUCUCCCAACACGUCUGCACCGGCUAGGAAUGCAUUUCAAUCUGUUUAGUUCUGCUGCUAAUUUAUUGGAUUGAUUUGACCCAGUCCUCGCUUUUGGACUGGUACGUUUUAUCUUUCGGUUAAUAUUUGACGGAUAAGUCCUCAUGAGCAAGCGGGAAUAGUUUGAUAAGAGCUGGUGUGUGUGUGUCGGUGUGUGUAAGGCGCGCAUGCUGUCAGUGUGUGCAGCGGCGCUCAGAGCAUUCUCCUCAACCCAGCGAGUGUUGGAACGAGAGAGAGGGAGAGAGAGCAGAGAGGGAGCAGACACUCCAGCGCAUUCACUGCUCGUUGUGCUCCGAGCCAUUGUGGCGUCGCCGCCGUUUGAACGCAAACACUGGAUUUCCUUGUUGUGCCCUCAAUACGUCCCCAUACAUCUCGGAUGGAUGAGUUCCACCCCUUCAUCGAGGCGCUGCUGCCGCACGUGCGCGCCAUCGCCUACACCUGGUUCAACCUGCAGGCCCGCAAGCGCAAGUACUUCAAGAAGCACGAGAAGCGCAUGUCCAAGGACGAGGAGCGCGCGGUGAAGGACGAGCUGCUGGGCGAGAAGGCCGAGGUGAAGCAGAAGUGGGCGUCGCGGCUGCUGGCCAAGCUGAGGAAGGACAUUCGCCAAGAGUACCGCGAGGACUUUGUCCUCAGCGUCACCGGCAAGAAGCACCCGUGCUGCGUGCUGUCCAACCCCGACCAGAAGGGCAAGAUCCGCCGCAUCGACUGCCUGCGGCAGGCGGACAAAGUGUGGCGUCUGGACUUGGUGAUGGUCAUCCUCUUCAAAGGCAUCCCCCUGGAGAGUACGGACGGAGAGCGGCUGGUCAAGUCCCCGCACUGCACCAACCCGGCGCUCUGCGUGCAGCCGCACCACAUCACCGUGUCCGUCAAGGAGCUGGACUUGUUCCUGGCGUACUACGUCCAAGACCAAGGUAGGAAGGGGGGGCCGGCCGGGAGUAUGUGUGGGAGGCUGGGGGGGAGGGGAGUGUGUGUGUGUUAGUAUGGAUGGGGUGAUAAGGUCACACUCUGCUUUCUGGACUUGUGGUCUUUCAGUCUGGAUGAUGUCCAAGUGGGACGUCGUCAUUGACUUGUUUGGGAUUUGUCCUGCGAUGAUUUUAUUCUGUUUGUAGGUUUUUAUUUAGUCGGGUCAUUUACAUGCACCUGAAUAUAUUCUCUUAUUAUUACUGAGGCAUUUUGGUUCAAACAUAAAAUAUGGUAUUUUUAUUAUUUAUAAUAUUAUGUUCUACAAUAUAAUUUAUACAAACUUAAAAUAAUUUAUUCAAAAUAUUCUCCAGCAUAUGAUAAAGAAUAUCACAUAUUUUUAUUUAAAUAUGUAAUUUGCGUUACUCUUUACAAGAUAGUAAAUACACCUUUUUAUUUAUAUUCAUCAUGUAUUUGAAUAGUUUUGUUGGUUUUACAUAUUUGUUUUGCAAAUUUUUUCAAUUCAAUUUCUUCACCGGAUAGUUUUUUGUCUAGAUGAUUUAUUAGAAAUUAAAAUACAAUGCUUUUUUAAUACAAAGUCAAUUGGGGGAUACGAUUGAUAGAUAUUAUAAUUGGUUAAAUUCAGUUAGAAUUAUUAUUCAAAUGAUAAUUGCAGUCAUUAUGAUCUAUCAUUCUGAUAUAUUCUUUCUAUAAUAGUCACCAGUCGUGCCAUAUUUGCACUUUUUAUUUCUAACAUGUCAGUAGUAGUAAUAGUAAAAUAUAUUUGGUAAAUAUAUUCAGUAUAUAUUCCAUGAUGUUAGCAGCCACACGUUUUGUAGUCAGUUUGGAGCUUUUUAAAGUAAGUUGAAACAGAUCAAUGGAUUGAUUCAAUCAAUGGUGACUGCUGUUUUGGUUUUGUGAAAAUAUCAAAUAAGCAAACAAAGAAUCACAUUCCCCCUUUUACAACAAUUCCCGCAACCCAAAUAUUGUGAUUCCAGCCUCCUUCUGUUUCCACUAUCAAUGAAUCAUCAUCGUCUCAACACAUGCGUCUGUUUUCUAUAAAUUAGUCAUCGUUCAAUUUUCACAUCCAAACCCUAAAAAUGCAUUUUAAUCUCUUUUUUUAUUUUUUUGCUGUAGCAGCACCGAAUCCACUUGCACCCAAAGCGAUCCGUCCGUAGUCGAGGUAGAAAUGUCCGUAGAGCUAGCUUGUAAUCAUGCAACACGAAGCGCCAUUUUGUGUCUGAUAAGUGCCAGGGAAAGCAGACGGCACCGCAGAGAGGCAAUAAUGGUUGCCAUUGGCACCAGGGUUGGCAUCAGCCCCUCUUUUGUGUCUUUUGUAAGAUGCCGUUGGUUGUCUCGUUUGCAUCUGCUGUGGGUUUUAACUGUUCAGUAUCAACCUUGGAGAAGCCUUUUUGGGGCACGAUUUUAAUAUCACAAAUGCUUGAAUCGGAUGUGAAACAUACAUUCUUUCACAAUGUAUAAAUUUGUCUUUUUCGGUUAAGGUUUCUAUAAAUGAGUGAAAGGAUUUUGGCUGAUUCGUUGGCCGAUACGUUGCGAGCCCAUAAUUUCCAGUUGUCCUCAUCGUCACUAUUUAUUGUGAGUGAGAUUUUACACGACGCUACAUUGGCAUUAUUUCAAAAGUAUUUCUCCGGUGGCGGCCGCGGUUUUCCGCCGCUCUGGAGGUGAAAGCGCUGUCUUCCCCUCUGCCUGCCAAACUGUGCCCAUCUCUAGACAAUGCAGCCAUAUUGUGGUAGCGUGUGGUGCGGCGCCAUUUUGUUUUCCGCCGUGCCAGGGAGGCAGGGAAAUGGCCAGUAAUGGUUGUCAGAGGUUCGGAGGUUGGCAUCAAACCCUCUUUGUUUGUAUGCAGCGUGCCUUUGAUUCGUCGGUUGGCAUCCGCAAUGCAGUGGGGCUGGUUGGAAAGUUUUCUGACACUGGCAGGAUGGAGGCUGCUUCCUUUGUUCUGUUGCAAACUGUACGAAACAAACAAACAAACAAACUGCUCGUGCGGUUCCGACACAAAGACGUGACCUGUGAAACGCACGUUCUGAGGGGAGAGCGACCGUAACGUAAACUGAGCCGCGGCGCGGAACGCAGCGCCGGAAGCGGCCGUUACAGCGUCGGCACUCGCGGCUCCUCUGCGUUCUGCCUCCGAUGCGUCCGCGUGUGACCGCAACGGAAAAUAACGAGAAAAAAACCCAUCGCACACGGUGAAGUGUGUCGUCGUCCCAUUCUCUCCAAGAAGAAACGGUAUUAAUAUGUUGGAUUCCAACGUGUCCGAUGCGUGGUGCUCAUGGCCUGCUGCCCUGGGAAAGGUCGCGGGUUUGGCAGCGGGGGUGUGACGGUUGGGUCCUGAGAGGGCACUCGUACUCUGUUGUUCGGGGGGCUCAGGCGCGAUCCUCCCAGCGGAGACGUAGCACCCAUGUGCAUGCCCAGCUGAAUGCCCACUGGGAAGCAUGGAGUAGGGGGGGGGGGGGGGGGGGGGGGGGGG